AUGGGGGUGGGUGACUAUGUUCACUCUAAGGAGGUCGGGCAGCCUCGUACACCCGCUGACCUGGGCCCGUCGCAGCGCCAUCUUUGGGCCGAGCAAGCUAGAGUCGAAAUGCCUAUGGGUCACUUAAGGGAUUCCAAUGGGAAUGGUAGAGCUUCAUCCCCGAGAUUCAAACCUCCAGUGUCGCAUCCACUCGAGUCUCGCGCGCCUGGAACUAAAGCGCAGCGAGACAUGUUUGACACUGAUGUCGAGGGAGUUGAUGAUUCGACCAUCGCAGAAACCAGUGUUUUCGGCUUUGAUGACGGUCAGGUGCAUUCAAGAUUUCAUGCAAACGAUGAUGACAAUACCUCGCCACGACCAUCUUAUCUCCCGCGACCAACUCGACACUCCCGAUCCUCGUUCGGGGGUGGCCUGGGUGACAAAGCCGUGAAGAAAGCUGGCUUCAAUUCUUCCGACUACGAAGAAACAGAGAGUCAAUUAACUUCCUCUAUUGGAGACGACGGAGAUGAUGAAAAGACUGAAGUCGGCGAAAAGGUUGAAGAGCCCAGCAGCUGGCAGGCAUCUCUCAAGUACCGUUCCACAGGAGAACCGCUGAGCAAACGCCUGGAGAACUUUUGGUCCGCGAGUAGGAAACCACUCUCGGAGUCUAUGGGUCCAGCACCAGCAGAUCCCCAAGCAGCGGCUCCUAUGAACCCCUCGCCCGAAUCGCAACCGCGCAAGCUGGGCCAUAUGCUUCCCUCCACUGCUGCAAGGAAGAUCAAAAUUCCUCAUAGCAUGUCCGUAACCCCGAGGACCCGCUUCAGUCCACCUAAGCCUUCUCUCCUGGACCGGCUGGAUAUAUCACCAACCCGACAUGGCUCCGAGCCGCCGCCUCAAGUAAGGCAGCCUCUCAAUAUCCCCUCUUUUCAACCGUCAGAGCAUGGCGAUGACGAUGCAAGCGAUGCUGCCGGUAUUGAUGAAACUAUUCGCGUCAGUCAAUUCAGCAGCAGACAAGCAAGCGAGCAUUCCAGUAGUGCUUUCGACGUUACCAAUUUAACUGACUUGUCGCGCGACGACCAUGAUGAAAUGAAUCAAAAUCCAUUUUUCGCACGCUCCUCCACCAAACGUGGCAGACCUGAGCCCUUCGAAAAAACCCCAUCUCCUCCACCAACAGUCAAAUCACCUUCGCUGCCACCGGCGCCGCCUUUUGUGCCAGAUUUACACUCUCCCAAUGAUGCCGUUUCCGAGCUUCUACGGUCUACUGAAGAAAAUCGCCAAACGUACCUUUCACGCAUGUCUGUCGAUGAGUGGGAAGACUGCGGAGACCAGCUGAUCGACCGAUUCAGCCACCUCCUGAUUGAGAUGAAGAAAUUGCGUCGGGCCCGUCGUCAGACAGCUGCUGUUUUCGAAGCUGAGAUGCGGCGUCGUCACGAAGAGGUCGAGGGACAAGAUGCAGAGUUAUCGACGAAGCUGAACGAAAUGCGGACUGGUGGUGCCGAGGUUCUUCGAGGUCGAUCGAAUGGAUGA